ACUGGUUCCGGACUCUCCUCAUUCCAUCCCUAAAAAGGAGAUUUGCGCGAGAUCAACUAUCACCUCUGUCCAUUUCAAAGAUAGAAGAACAUUGAACUCUUCUUAAGCAUUCAGAAAAUCCAAAAUACAAAUAACAUCAACUAAUUACCUCAAACUCUUGACAUACAAAAAAUAAAAUCUUUUUGUGUCAAGACAAGAUUGCACAAUAUUUCUAGCUUAGCGCCGCCAAACCCAGAUCGUUUUCCUAGGGUUUUGGAAUCGUGAUAAUGAGCCAGAGAAAUACUGGAGACAGCCGUCCCUGCGAUUUCUGCAAUCAGCAGAUUGCCGUACUUUACUGUCGAGCUGAUUCAGCAAAGCUGUGUCUUUUCUGUGACCAGCACGUUCAUUCAGCUAACGCCCUCUCCAAAAAACACCUCCGAUCUCAGAUCUGUGACAACUGUUGCUCCGAGCCUGUCUCCAUCCGUUGCGCCACCGACAAUCUCGUACUCUGCCAAGAAUGCGAUUGGGAUGCUCACGGCAGCUGUGCACACGAUCGGACCCCUGUUGAAGGGUUCUCUGGAUGUCCUUGUGCUUCUGAGCUUGCUUCAGCUUGGGGUUUGGAUGUUGAGGCCAAGAAACCACCAACACCUACUCAUUUGCAGCCCACUUGGAAUGGUUUCUUAGAGCCUUGUAAUUGGAUGUGUAAGGAUGUUAUUCCUCCACCUUCUGUCUUGUUGCAAGAUUUAAUGGUACCUAACGCUAAUAAUAAUUCUGGGAUUUACUCCACAACUCGUGAGGUGGGUAGAAAGCAAAAUCCAACUUGUGGCAAGCAGAAACAAGUGAUAUUGAAACAAUUAAUUGAGUUAUUCAAGAGAGAUUUUGCAGAUGGGGUUGGAGGUGGAUCGGAAGAUUUAGUUCCAAAGACACCUAAUGGGAGUAGUGAUUGGCAGGGAAAUGUUAAUGUGACGGAGGGGAGUGAUGCGGUUAUGGGUGGUGCCAAUCAGCAGCUUGAGCCGCAGAGCGUGCCAUUUACCUCUUUGCUUAUGAUGCAGAAGCCUCAUAAUUCAAAAGACAGUGACCGCAUGGUGCAAGGGAAUAUUUUGUCAAGCGGAAAUUCCUAUGUUCAAAACACCCAGAUAUGGGAUUUCAAUCUGGGGCAGUUGAGGAGCCAUGAACAGUCAAGCUCAGUGGAAGCCGACUACAGUGAGAGCGACAUGGCUUACAUGAUGAAAAGCUAUGGUGAACUCAUAAAAGGAACAUCAUUAGCAUCUUCAAAAGGAUUAGAACUCUCAGGCAUUAACCGCUCAGUUGCCCAUGAAGAUAUGACAGCUCUCAGUAAUAAUUCGAAUAACCGAGGGGGAAGCCAGGGGCCAGCGACAUCUGAGAGCAACAAUUUACCAAUAAUUAAGCUUUCUUCGGACUCUGGUUAUACUAAACGGAAAUGCUGUGGUGUGUCUAAAGAUUUGAACUUUAUGGAGCAAAGCAUUUUUGUGGGAGGUGAAAACACUGGUGAGGAAAUACUCAAGGCUGAUAUGGAGCUUCUGGCGAAGAACAGAGGAAAUGCAAUGCAACGUUAUAAGGAGAAAAAGAAAACACGAAGAUAUGAUAAGCACAUACGUUAUGAAUCAAGGAAGGCAAGAGCUGAUACUAGAAAGCGAGUUAAGGGUCGAUUUGUCAAGGCUAAUGAAGCUCCAGAUGGCUGAAUACCCGUUGAAUGACAGAGGAUAAGGAUCUUUCUGUCUUUAGUUGAAGAAUCUCAUGGGAGCUAAGAUGAGGAAAGGCUUUAAAAACUUCUGUAAUAACGAAAGCUCUACCUCCACUCUCAACCAUCAAACUGCAGCCUCUGCCCGCCCUCUCUCAUCUACUUACAUGAUGGUCACUGCUACUACUGAUCUAAAGCUGAACGAAAGGGAUAACCAGACAACCUUGGAGGAGAUGUUGCUCCAAUUGGACAUGGAGGAGAAAAUGGCAAGAAGAGAAAAGCUGAACGAAUAUGGGCAGCAUUGAAUGUCUUGUGUCAACAGUUCAGACAUUCUUCCAACUGCAAGGAACGCGCGCUUUUCUCUGGAUGGCAAAGAUGCCAUCUGCCGGUCUUCUUUCCAUGACGUGUCUCCUUUGCUAACCACAAGUGUUGGUGCAAGAAAAUCAGUAUGCUGCAACCACGAGCUGAGGAAAAUGGAGAUGAAAACUCGAACUCAAAACAUGCCCCCGGCAAUAGCAGGGGAGAGAGUGGUUGGGUGUAAACCAGGAGUAGUAGCUAAGUUAAUGGGAGUAGAGGCCAUGCCAAUAUCAAUACACAGAAAGCAUAGUAAGGAUAGAGCGAGUGCAAUUAUCAAAAGCCAAUGCCCGAGGAAAAGAGCAAAAAGGUACGAGAUGGAGAGUAAGAGAAGAUGAAGGGUGGUGGUGGAAACGAACUGUGGUGGCCACAACUGUAGCGUAAAGAGGGAUGAAUAAUCAGAAUGUGACGAGCUCUUGUUCAAGAAAAGGCUAUUGCGUUAUGAAACCCGUCGCAAUGGACCUAACAAAAGAUCACAAAGAAGUAGGCUGGCCAAUGCGAGGCGGCGUCUUGUAUAGAAAUAACAAUGACAUGUAGUAAGAUUUUUCUUUUUACUUAUUUGUUCAACACAGGUGCUUUUGUCAAUCA